UUCCUCCUCCAUUUUCCUCCGAUCCAAGAAGAGAACGCUAACAUGGCGAUCUCCGUUCAAAACAUCGUCAAAGAACGAAAAUUUCCUUUCAUUUUCGCUUUUACCUUUCUCCUCAUUUCCUUCGCAGUCCUCCUCUUAUCCAACUCCUCCUCUUUCUCUUCCCCUCUCACUUCACUCCUCGUCUCCACCGACUUCCACGUCACCACUUCUCAACCUCCGCCGCCGCGAUCCCCCAACGUCGCAGCCUCGGUCUCAUCGCAGACGGACGAUGCCGCUUUUUCGAAAACGACUGCCAUGGCAGCUGGCGACGUGGACUUGAAUGUGAGUUUGGAUAUAAAAUGGGAGAACUGUAAAUUAGGUGCGCUGGCGGUGGAUUAUAUACCGUGUUUGGAUAAUUGGCAAGCGAUCAAGGAAUUGCGAUCGAGGCGGAGGAUGGAGCAUAGGGAGAGGCAUUGUCCGGAUCCGAGUCCGAGAUGCUUGGUGCCUUUGCCGAUUGGUUAUAAGGUCCCGGUUCAUUGGCCCAAAAGUAGGGAAAUGAUUUGGUAUAGUAAUGUUCCUCAUCCUAAGCUUGUAGAAUACAAGAAGGAACAGAACUGGGUGCGUAAAUCUGGUCAUUAUUUUGUUUUCCCUGGCGGUGGUACUCAAUUUAAGAAUGGUGUUCAUAGCUAUAUCGAUUUCAUACAUAAGACUUUCCCAGCUAUUAAAUGGGGGAAGAAUAUUAGGGUUAUUUUAGAUGUUGGCUGUGGUGUUGCUAGCUUUGGUGGUUAUUUGCUCGACAAAGAUGUAAUCACCAUGUCAUUUGCCCCUAAGGAUGAACACGAAGCUCAGAUACAGUUUGCUCUAGAGAGGGGAAUUCCUGCUAUACUCUCUGUCAUCGGUACACAAAAGCUGACAUUCCCGGACAAUACAUAUGAUUUAAUACAUUGUGCCCGCUGCAGAGUUCACUGGGAUGGGGAUGGUGGGAAACCAUUAUUGGAGCUGAACAGGAUUCUCAAGCCAGGAGGAUAUUUUAUAUGGUCUGCCACACCAGUAUAUCGAGAUGAUGAGAGAGAUCGUAAAGUUUGGAACUCAAUGGUGGCUUUGACAACAGCCAUAUGCUGGAAGAUUGUGGCUAAAACUGUUGAUUCAACUGGAGUUGGGCUCGUAAUAUAUCAAAAGCCUUCCUCGUAUUCUUGUUACAAACAGCGCAAAGAAAAACUUCCAACCUUGUGUGAACAGAAAACCAAACAUAAUGUGUCCUGGUAUGAGCCUCUCAGUCAUUGUAUUUCGCAUCUUCCAGUCAACAGCGUGGGUAAUUUGCUCAGAUGGUCCACACCAUGGCCCCAGAGGCUUAGCAGUAAGCCUCCAAGCCUUCCAUCUGAACCUGAUGCUGAAGAUAUAUUCAACGAGGACACCAAACAUUGGGCGGCACUUGUAUCGGAUGUGUAUCUUGAUGGACUGGCUAUAAACCUGGCACGGAUAAGAAAUGUGAUGGAUAUGAAUGCUGGUUAUGGAGGAUUUGCAGCGGCGCUUAAUGAGCAACCUCUCUGGGUGAUGAAUGUUGUACCAAUUCAUGCACAAGAUACCUUGUCCAUUAUUUUCGAAAGGGGGUUGAUCGGAGUCUAUCACGACUGGUGUGAGUCUUUCAAUACUUACCCUCGAACAUACGAUCUACUGCAUUCAAGCUUUCUCUUCAAAAACCUAAAAGAUAGAUGUGACAUAAUCGAUGUAGCUGUGGAAAUUGAUCGUAUAGUGAGACCCGGUGGAUAUCUUUUGGUCCAAGACACCAUGGAAACGAUUAAGCAGCUCAAUCCGAUACUCCGAUCACUUCACUGGUCGACAACUCUUUACCAAGGCCAAUUUCUUGUGUGCAAGAAGGGCUUUUGGCGUCCAAGUGAAUGAUGACAUUCUUCUUCCACUCCCGAUUUGUUGUCGAUCGUGAUUUGCCUUUUAAACCAUCGAUUAUAUAGCUUCUGCAUCGAAAUCCGAAGUUGCAACAUUCAAAUUUACCUUAAAUUCAAGUAUCUGAGUAUGCUUGGCCAUCCAAAAACAACAGGUUCAGGAGAUGUUUCGGACAACUACGAUACACGGAUGCGAAGUGAGCGUUUUAUUCGAAACGGGUAUAAAUUUCUAUAUAUUCAGAGGAUUAUAAUCCUGUAUUUAUGUCCAAAUAUGUAUCGGAUAUUUUUUUUUUCUUAACAAAAUGAGAAGCGAAAAUAAUGUAAGAUGAAUAGGCUGUUGAGCUUGAAAAG